AUGUCGCGACGGAGCAGCGAUUUUGGGCGCAGAUUCCUUCUAAGUCCCAAGACAGAUGCUUUUCCUCGACUAUUCGCAAAAGGACCCGGCCCUGUGUCCCGUCGAUCGCAUACGCCUCCGGAAGUGUCAAGUAGUCGUAGCCACAGGGGACUCACUCCUCCUUCGUUUAGAGGUGACAACAGGCUCACAUUGACACAGACACGACAACUAGCCGCACAACGCAUCUCGAGUGACGAUCCCGACCAGCUUUACCAUGCACUUCGCAUCAUCUGCCAGAGAGACGACAUUAGCGCAGAGCUACUUGCCCAGGCUGCAUCGAUAUUGCCCGACUAUCCUGUCAUUGACUGGACCGAGUACCUCUGGAUGCGAGAAGCUGACAGAUGGUAUGAGACGUUGACUGCUCGCUCUACUAUCAGCCGUCGUUCGCUCACCUCUGACGGCCUGGCUCGUCUUGCCGCACGGCAUCCCGGAUGUCCUAAUAUUGAUUGGUUCAAGUAUCUCAACCUUCGAUAUCGACGAGAAAUCAAAACACAGACCAGGCUAAAUUCCAACAAUGAUGCUCAUAGUCCGCCUCUUCCACAAGCUCCUCCACGUCCUGCAAAUGGGUUGCCAAUGAAUGAGACUUCGUCGAAGCCUGCUCGUGCCAGACCAAAGGUUCAAUUCAGCCAGCCAGAUGUGCCGCUUCAGACUAGAGUUCAAGAGACAAAGCGUUGUGCCAGGGACGUCGAUCAAGCAUCAACCGAACCUAAACGUAGAAAAGUUAAAGUGCCUGCGCUUGGGUUGCCAAUAGUCACUCAGUGCGUGGUUGAUGAAAGGGAUUUCGACGUUAUACCCAUAAGGGGCGAAUGGAUGGCGUUCGAUGAACCAAUUCCGAAAGAAGUUGUGAGCAUCGAUGUGGUCAUGUCCGGUGCGCUCAACCCUCUUGACAAGACGGCGCUUGAGAUGGGCACCAGAAGGCAGCGAUUUAUAGAACAAGACGACACUGUCCAGCAGGAUCAACACGGAGCGGAAAGUCUGACAGAUCCUGCCGUAAUGCCGUAUCGACUGGUAAAAGUGAAAGAAGUCUUCAAAACGGUCCACUUCUUUAAUCUCGAACAGGCACGUCGCCUCCUGGUCGACCACUACCCUGGCCUUGAUCAGGAUGCAAGGAACUACCACACAACGAAAGAGGCAUUGUGCACGAUAUACCGAAGUGCAGAAGCAAGAAAAGCGAAACUCACCGAAUACACGACCCAGAAAAGAGCCUCAUCCAAAACUCUGGCUGAGCGCGCAGCUAUCGCACAAGAAGAAGCAUCACUCCAAGAACAGGCUGACCGGCUUACUUUACAGCAACUGGUUCAAUACGGCGGCAUCUUCACGGAGAAAACCUAUGUCGCUAAUCAUCCUGACGAGAAGGAGAAGUUAUGCCUGCCUUGUCUUGUCCACUAUCCGGAAGAUUUGUUACCAUUACGUUUAUGUGAGAGGGGGAUAUCGUCUGAGGAGGUAGAAUAUUGGAUGGACGUGUAUAAACACGGAAAGAAUUUCUGGGAUCAGCACGGCGGUCAUGAUGAGCUAUAUAAAGAAUAUGGACUGCUUGAGAAUUGGGGGUUUGAGUCUGAAACAUCUAAUGCUUCUGAGCAGUGGCAAUGA